AUGGUCGGCAUCAUACGACAUUUGAGUCGACACCGCGGUACCAUAUACACCAAUAGCUUUGAUCUACACGGCCAUGAUCUCUCAGAAGACGAAGGAGUUCUCCAACACAUGGUGUCAUCUUGCCCUCUCUUUCCAAAUGGAUUAUACACACCACCGCCAGAAGUGUUUAUGAUGUCUGCUAUUUUGGAGCGACCAGAGGGAUAUCUGUCUCAGCCAAAUGCAGCGAACGAGAGCGACGAAGACAUGGGAUCUGGACUGUUCGACGAUGAGUCGAUGGACACGCUAUUGCGGAUACAAGCUCCCAAAGGCAGUUUGAGCAACCACCUUCAGGGAUCCCCUGGCCACCCCCUUCGAAACGCCGAACGUACACCCAUCACCAUUGUCGAGUUGCAGCUCCACGUUACAUGGUAUUCAAUUGUCAAAGCGGACAGACGAGUUCAGUUGAUCAUGAAGGCCGAUGUUCAUAAUAGUUCUAUGUAUACGCUACUCCCAGGCAACGCCAACAUCUAUGUCGAUGGAAGCUUCAUUUCGAAGUCUCGCAUUCCUUCAGUCAGUCCUUGGGAGCAUUUCGGUUGUGCGCUUGGUAUCGGUCCCUCUGUUCGUAUCACGUAA